AUUUUAUGCUAAAAUGGCAGAGAAGAGCGGCAUUAGUUAUUGUUGUUGGCGAUAUAAUAUUGGAAUCGAAUCAACGAUGAAUCUUUUGGCCACAGAUUUUUGCUAGAUGUUGCGAGCUGUUGCGUGUUUCGCUUAUUGAUUACCACGGAGAUAUGAGUUUUUCGCCGUAUAAAGGAUCGCGGGAUUUUAUCUCUGUUUCUAUGCCAUGGAAAGCCGACAAAGAUGAUCACAACAGCAAGAGUCGGAGACAUACGUCCAUUUACAGGGUAAAUAAACCAGCUGUUAUGAUUAUGGUACUGUUAUGAUGGCGGUCGUUUGAACAUGUAUUUUGUGUUUGUCUUUAUCUUGGUAAUUUCUUAACUAAUAGUCUUGUUGCCGACAAUCGACAACAGCAUGUAUUGAAAUAUCCCUCAUCCCAAAUACGAAAGGUUGAUUUCAAGUGCUACAAUCAUGUAAGCCUUAUUUUCCGGUGGUUAUUUAUUCAUUAAUUUGGUUCCCUUGUCACAACGUGGUAUUAUAUCAAGUUCAGUUUAGAAAAGCAGGCAAAAAUGAUGUAAACCUUAACUUUCAGUAUUUUAAGCUUACUACAUGUACCGCACCAAUGGAUAUAUUUAACAAUUAUUCCUCGAGCCCGAAUGGGCUCUGAGUCAGCCGAAUGGGCUAUUGACUCAGAGGCCAUGAGGGCGAAAAAAAAUAAUUGUUUUAGUAACAUCCAACUUGCUGGUCAAAAAUAUCGAGAAUAAAAAGAUUUUAGCUAGUUAAAGCUAGACUUUAAUCCUUUUUUGCCGCCAAAAAGCCGGCGCUGUUCACAACCAGUGGGCUAUAACAUAUAGCCUAGUAGUAGCUCAACCAAUCAGAAAGCAGCAUUGAUAAUAGACCACUAGUUGGAUUUUACUAAAACCUAGUGUACUCUUGUGAUAAUUCUUCAUGUUUAAUUUCAUUGCAGAAAUGGAGAGCCUUGUCGUCAUUUCAAAGGUCAUUGCUCAUCUUGUUUUGUGUUCUUGGUUGUGUAACAAUAGUGAUCUGGCGGAAAGGACUUAUUUCACAUGGUUACAGUUCCAAUGGUUGGGAUUCAGCUAUGGAUCAUAAAGAACACAUGCUUUCUAAUGAACAUUUACUUAAAUUUAAUAGGGUCAAUAAGCAGGAUAUCAUUGACAGUCGCUUAAAAGAACUGGAAGAGCUUAGAAAACAACAUGGUUUUGUAAAGAAAGGGCCUCCAAAAUUAAAGGAUAGAAUUCAAUCAAAACCAACUAUAGCCAAAAUAAGUCAUGAUGGAAAGAACGUUGAGAGAAAAGUAAAUGAUAAUGAUCAUAAAAGCAAAGUGGAAAAGGAAGAAAGAACAGCAGAGGAGAUUUAUGGAGAUACAGUGGUGAAUGUUGAAGAUAGACCCGGGGAAAAUGGAGGAGAUACUGCUGGUGAUGGUGAGGUCAAGCCUCAGCCUCAAGCAGAUCAGUCUGUCGCAUUGAACAUUAAUGGAGUGAAUAUUCUUCCUUUAGAAAAACAAAAUGAUCGUCAAAAGGAAGUUGUUGAAGCUUUUAGAUAUGCUUGGGAUGGUUAUAAAACAUAUGCAUGGGGUCAUGAUGAAUUGCGUCCAGUUUCAAAAUCAUAUGGUGAAUGGUUUGGUGUUGGACUCACAAUCAUUGAUUCUUUGGAUACCAUGCUUUUAAUGAACCUGCGAGAGGAGUUUCAGCAGGCACGUGAUUGGGUUGCUAACAGUCUAACAUUUGAAAAAAAUGUUGAUGUUAAUCUGUUUGAGACAACUAUUCGUGUACUGGGAGGGCUUUUGAGUGCAUACCACUUGUCAAAAGAUGAUUUGUUUCUGAAAAAAGCGGUAAGUUUUAAUGAAGGUAGAACUUCACUACGAUAUUAUUACUUGAUUUGUGCUAAUUCUUAUAUUAGAGUACAUGUGCAUAGCAACCAAGGUUCAUCUUCCUUUAAUUGCUCGCAAACAAACGGUAAUGCAAGAUUACAAAAACAGUGGUCUUAUGUCCAUGUGAGUGCAUAAAUUCUUCAAAUGAAUAAUCUCUUCUUCAAAUUUUGUGGUGAUUGCUCGGCUGGUCAUUCUGGCGAGGAAGGAUCCAGGGACAACAAGUCCGUUUUCCAGUCUCCUUGAUCCCGUCAUUUUGACUUGCACUUUGUUCUCAUUGUGGGCUUUUUUAAGAAAGGUGAAUAUAAGGAAGGAAAGUUCCAUCGGCACAUUCGGUUGUUUCUCACAAAAGAAAUAAGUGCCCUGUCCUGAAUAAGAACCCUCCCUUGAGGCACCCAAAAGUAAAUAAGCUCCCCAGAUGCUAAAUCAAAUAAUUACCGUAAGUCUGUUUUUUUUUUUACUUGUCAUGCCCUUAAUACAUGGUUCAAGUUAUUGAGGGUAAAAUUAUAUAGAAAAGAAAUGAUCUGAAGAGAAACAAAAAUUAGUAUUACUUUGAGUGAGCAUGAGGUUUGAGUCAGUAGCGAGGGUUGGAGUUUUGGGAGUGGACUGUAUACAUAUAUGUAUAUCCUUUUUAAAAGAUUUUUCUCUUAUUCUGGGUUUUAGAAUAUUCCGUAUAUUCUGUGAUUUGUUUUAGAAUAUUGUGUAAAUUCCAUGUUUUAGUAUAUUCCAUAUAUUUCGCCUUUUAGAGUAUUACGUGUAUUCUGCCAUUCCGUUCUGUCAUUCUGUUCGGUCAAUCCGCCAUUCCACCGAAUAGGGUCACCCGCUAUACCUAUAUUUGUGAUUUGUUUAAAGGAACAUUAAGAUUGAAAUCAUGAAUACAGUAAAAACUAGCAAGUAAGAACCUGCAUUUUCCCAAGUUAGCCUGUUGAACAGGUUCUUGCAUAAAUGUUAAUUAGCACAAAUUUAGGCUGUUUAGGUUCUUACAUAGGUUUUUAUUUUCUGAAGAAGAACAUAACAUAAAUGUAUUGUAAAGCCUUGCCCAAUUUAUUACACUCAGCUGUAACAGUUACAGGUAGUUUGACUCUUAAAUGUCAAUAAUAGCAUUAAACAACUCUUUUCAAAUCUUAUUUGUCCAAUUGUACAAAAUGUUUUCAUAGAUUUUAAAAGUAAAAACCUGUUUCAAAUUUUAGGCUCAACAGGUUCUUGUAUAGAGGGGGCAUAACUAGCCAACGUUAGCUAACACAUAUUCUUACUUGUAGCCUUUUACUGUACUUACUGUAUAAUGAUUACAGAGCUCUCAAAUCUGAUGGUUUUCAGGAAGGUCUCCGGUUAGUCUCAUUGAUAAAUAAAAUUUCAUGGAAAAGAGAUUUCUGGGCCAAAACUUAAAUUCUUGUAGAUCAAUAUUAUUUAACAUUUGGUUCAAAUUUUAUUUUUUGUUUUUUUAAACUGGUUAAGAAAUUUAUCCACUACAAUAUCGUUUGAACUUAAUUGCAUUACAUAAUUUUUCAUUUUGGACAAUGUUAUGGAUGAUUGUCUUGUGCCAAUUCAGAAAACCAAUAUAUUAGCAAAUUUAUAUUUGCUUGCAAGUGUAGUACAAUAAUAUUUGCACGGAGCAGUGAUGUGCACACUCCGCUUAUUAUCAUCGUUAUUACAUAUUAAUUAUGGUGUCCAGCAAAAAAUCUGUCACAAUUAUCAGCCCUGAAUAAAACUGUUUGCUUCUCAGAUUGAUUUGGGUGAACGUCUUUUGCCAGCCUUUGAUUCAAGAUCUAACAUUCCAUAUUCAGAUGUUAAUCUGCUGACUCAUGGUGCACAUGCACCGCGUUGGGGACCUGAUAGCUCAGUUUCAGAGGUCUCUACAAUCCAACUGGAGUUCAGGGAUCUUACUUAUACAACUGGUGACUCAAAGUACAAGGUACUGGAAAUUCUUAUGAGAUUUGUGUAUUUCUGGCAACUUCCAUGUGUUUGAUUGUUUUUUUGACUUGCUUAUUUGAUGCUUUCAACAGGAAGCUGUAGAUACAGUCACGAGCCACCUCCACAGCCUUCCCAAAAGAGCUGGUUUAGUACCAAUUUUUGUUAAUGCAGACACUGGACAGUUUCGCUCUGGUUCAACUAUCACCCUUGGUGCUCGAGGUGAUAGUUACUAUGAGUAUCUGUUAAAACAGUGGUUACAGAGUGGAAAACGAGUGGAUUGGUAAGUCUGCAGACACUGGUCAUUGUUAUAGUGCACAAAGGAGCAAAGUAAAGGCAAAGAAACUUUUGACGAGGCCAAGGGUGACAAACACAUUGGGCAGCCCGAGUUACAUGCGUUGCUACACUGAGGGGGGCCUUUGGUGUAAUGUCCUGUCCCAACCAUAAUAUUGGCUUCAGCACAGGGGCUGAAGGGUUUGCAGCAGGUACCAGUUCAAUCCCAACCCCCCCCCCCCCCCCCCCACCUCUUGGUUAUGAUAAUAAGGGCUUGAAGGUACACUGUAUCUAAGUGAGUUCUUUUUUUGAACACCAUUCCAAAGUCGUGAUUCUGUUUAUGGAAUAGUAAUAUACAAAGUAAUGCAGAGUUCCAUGGGACUGGCUUACUGUUUAAAUUCUGAAGUAAUGGGAAUAUAUUCAAAGAAAAUGGAUAUACGUUUAAUGAUUUCUCCUGCCUUGUGGUUAGUUUUCAAAGCAGCAAAAUACCAACAAUACAUGUGGCAAGUGAACAGUAGAGGCACUCUGCUUUAAAAGGUUUACAGCACUGUACUAAAGCAGAGAAAGAACUCUUUAGUGUAAUAUAUUUCCUUACACAAGGAAAUGAGAAAGCAACUCUCUGUCAAAUCUUCUAGAAUUUCUUUUACAGAAAAAAAACUCACCAUUCUUGGAUCUGCAGGAAUUUUGAUUGUUGACACCAAAUUCAAAACAUCAAUUCUGAACUUUGUAUCCGACAGUAUUCAAGGUUGUUUUGAUAAAGGAUUUUCUGGAAAAAGCCAGAGCAUGUUCUUAUUCCAGGAUAAGGUCCAUCACAUGCACCUUAAAUAAUCAUAUUGGUUCUUUUAAAAAGGCUAAAUUACUAAGAUUUGCUGCAUUUUAUUAUCUUCCACUGUAAUCUUGUCACAGUUCACAAGAUGAAAUUGUUUUUUGUAGGCUUAGAGAUGAUUUUGUAGAGGCUAUGGAUGGUGUUAUGUCACUUCUAAAGAGAGAAUCCCAUCCAAACAAGCUUGUGUAUAUUGGUGAACUUCUUCAUGGCCAGACCUUUAGUCCUAAAAUGGUAAAAUGAAUAAAUAAAUAAUAAGAUAAAAGAGAAGGUUGAGUAUACAACUAUUUUUUCAUGCUUGGUUUGUAUGUUUUCAUUUUCUUUAGAUUAUUCUUACAAACUUUUAAUUUUUAACUUUUAAAUUUUCAUUUUAAAACUAGACACUCAACUUGGAACUGAUUUUUUAAGCAUUGGUUUGUUACAGUGUUAGAGUGCCAUAACAAACAAAUUAUUAUCAUUUUAGUUUACAUCAUGUUUAUUAUUUGAAAUUUUGUUAAGUUAGAACAUCCUUUUGCUUCUGUACAGUACUUGUAAGCUGAUUGUAAAAGUAACAUUAAAGUUAAGUUUACAGUAGGUAAAAGUUAAUUUAUUAUUUAUUUUUUAUUAAACUGAAUUAGCUAUGUUCUUUGUACAUUAAGGACCAUUUGGUGUGUUUUUUGCCUGGAACUUUGAUGUUAGCAGUUCACAAUGGUCUGGAUGCGAAAUAUGAGCAGUUUGCAAAAGAUUUAUUGGAGACUUGCGUUCAAAUGUACCAGAAAAUGCCUACAGGACUCAGUGCUGAAUUAGUUUACUUUAAUGAAGGCCCAUCCUCACAUGAUGAUAUCACAGUUAGGGUAAGUGUUGUGAUUCAGUGUGUUGCUAAGUAACAUGAUGACAUCACAGUCAAGGUUAGUGUUGUGAUACAGUGUGUUGCUAAGUAACAUGAUGACAUCACAGUCAGGGUAAGUGUUGUGAUACAGUGUGUCGCUAAGUAACAUGAUGACAUCACAGUCAGGGUAAGUGUUGUGAUUCAGUGCACGAUGCUGCCAAGUAACGUGGAGUGACUAACGGUGCAACUAUGGGGAACAGUAAAUAAGUUCUUAUAUAGCUCACAAACCUAUCGUUUCACUGUAUGACAACACAUCUUUGAACAACAAUCAAAGUAAUACGCAUUGAUCUCUCUUUCUGCAUGAGGUUUAGCAUGUUGUGGCUCAGCUCAGGUUCGUGAAACUAAACAUUAUCAAAUGAAAUGGUGACACCCUGUAUUUAAGAGACAUGUUAUUGAUAAUGACUGAUCUCUGAUGUGUUUGAAUAUUUUUUCAGCCGCUGGAUGCUCACUGCUUGUUGAGGCCUGAGACUGUUGAGUCUUUAUUUAUUGUUUAUCGUUUGACUGGAGACAAGAAAUACCAGGAUUAUGGCUGGAAUAUAUUUCAAGCAAUAGAAAAACACGCCAAGGUGCCUACUGGAGGUUACUCAUCUUUAAACAAUGUCAAAGACACAAGGUUGGGCUUUAGAGACAAAAUGGAAAGUUUCUUUCUCGGCGAGACACUCAAAUAUUUAUUCUUACUAUUUAGUGAGGUGGAUAUGGUUCCCCUUGAUAAGUUUGUAUUUAAUACGGAGGCUCAUAUUUUACCAAUUAGAAAAUUUUAGUAAAGCUUUGGGAUAAUACGCAUGUAACAUUCUGUGAUAUAAUACCAAGUGCUUUAUUUACAGUAUAGAAUUGUGAGAAGUA